CUACAACUUGACGAGGAAAGAUUUUCUCUCUUUAAUUUCUCUAAUUCGCCAUCACCUUAUUAAUGCCACUUGCACACACAACCACAUCCUCAACACACAACAAUAUGAAAUCUAUCAGCCAAUAUCCUCUCCCAGCAGGUGCACACAUCAUCCCAGAACACCUCCUGGACCUUCGCUCUGACUCCGAAGUUGACAAUGACCUCCUCCACCCCCGACCCAUUACCGACGAGAAAAACAUUUGGCUCUUUUGGCACAGCGGCUACUCCACCAUGCAUCCAUAUACCAAGCGCAACGUGCGUGCUUGGCACCGUCGCUUCUCCAAAUCAGGCUGGGCUGUCCGUGUCAUUGACUGCCUGCCAUCCUCUCCGCUUAACAUCUCCAAUUACUUCGACAUCAAUGACCCGGAAUACUUUCCUCGCGCAUUCGCUGAAGGUACCAUCACCGGUACCUACGCAAAGCAGCACACAUCCGAUCUCGUCCGAUUACCCCUCCUACUCAAGUACGGUGGAAUCUACGCCGAUGUCGGACUCAUCCAAAUCGGCGAUGUGGAUUGGCUGUGGCGCGAGACAGUCGGAAACCCGGACUCCCGGUUCGAGGUGCUCUCCUACAAUGCCGGCGACGUCAAUGAACGCAGUCUCACCAACUACUUUCUCAUGGCGCGGCCGAAUAACCCGCUGUUUGAGCGGUCUCAUCGACUACUGCUGAAGUUAUGGGAGGGAAAGACCUGCACGGAGGGGAUGCACCGCAGCCCACUGUUAAAAGAUCUCCCGUUCAUAGAAGGGUCGGGAAAUCUGACGGAGCAGCAGUGCAGGGAGUUGACGGAUUAUAUCAUCCAGGGACAGGUGAUGACGCUAGUCAUGGGGUUGGUGGAUGAAAAGGAUAAUUGGGAUGGACCGAAAUAUAUCGCGGAGCAUCUUUACGGUAUUGAGUUCAUGCAAGGAUCGCAACUGAUCAAUGCCAUGACUGCGUGGGAUGGUCAGAAGGCGUUUGAGCUGAUCUCGUUGUCGUUGCCGAAGGAGGGCGAGGAAGAAAGCCCGGAGCAGAAGCAAGCGCGGGAGAUUGUCGAGGGGUGUCUGACGAAGAGUUUCGGGUUCAAACUGGCGCACGGAUACAUCUUGGAGGUGAUGAGUGUGACCCUGGGGUCGCUGUGGAGGGCGAACGACGGAUCGGACAAUGUGCCGGGGACGUAUGCGCAUUGGCUGCGACAUGGGAUUGUGUACUGGAGUCAGGAUGUGCUUCCACCGACGCAGCCAUACACGGUGCUUGAGCCGGUCAAGAGGGGGGGGCUAUUGAAAGAGUGAUACUACAUAGAUAGACUUUAUACUACCCUUUUAUCAGCAACAACCCGAU